AUGAGGGGGAUCGAGGAAGAUGCAUGUAGGCUGUUCACGCAUGACAUCUUCAUUAUGAUCAAGUCACAAAUCAUGUUCGAGAGGAGGUUUGUUUUAGUGCAAAAGGUACCCUUUCCUAUCAAUGACACAGUGAUAUUCUAUCUUGCCCAAUAUGACAGGCCUGAACGACGGUGGUGUGUUGAGUUCCAUGGUGACCCGGAAAACCCAAAGUGGCAAUGCUCUUGCAAACUAUUUGAAUCUGAUGGUAUUCCUUGCAGUCACAUUUUCUGUGUAAUGAAAGAUCAGCUUCUGUCCAGAUAUCCCAAGAGUUUGAUAAGCAAACGGUGGACAAAGGCUGUGGGUGAUUCAACAGUUGCACCAAAACUGAAGGUCCCCAGUCAUGACAAGUCAGCACAGGUGGCCAGGUAUUCUGCCCUCAUAUCAGAAGCAGCCAAAGCAUGCUUAAACUACUCAUUUUCAGAAGAAGGAUUCAAGGUGGGAAUGAAUGAAUUUGCAAGGCUGGUUCAAACCUCAAGAGAAUUCAACACAGUUCCGCCUACGGACACAUCAAAUGUGCCUCUGAGUAGCAAUGUUGUGAAGGACCCAAAAGUAUCACGAACGAAGGGGAUGCCUUCUAAUCCUGCAACAAACCCAGAGAAUGGGAAGAGCGAGCAGCGGCUGUGCUGA